CUCAUUCACCACCACGAACCGACCCUGACCAUGUCUCGCCGCAUCGCAGACAUCAGCCUGAGGCAUCUUCCCGAGCUCUCAGACGCGUCGUUCGAGAUACCUACGUUUCCUGACGGGUCAGAUUCGUUCUCAUUCCAGCUACCCAGUUCCACCUCGAGGAACGACGGCGAUGAUGACCUUCUGCGUACGACCGCAGACUUCUCCUCAAUUCUAGCGUCUCCCCCGCCAAAGGAGCCAACAAUUGCCCACGGCUCGACUGCGAGGAGUAACGAUACCAAGUCACUAUUGCCGACGACAAAAGCCAAUGCCACCGGUCUGGCAUUCCUUCGCCCAGCACGUUACACCUCUCCGCCUCAGCGACUGGAUGACGAGAAUAUCCAUGUCACCUUAAGUGGUCGAGGAAAGAGCAACAUGGAGUUAGACAUCUCGAAACCUAUUCUUCCACCACCUUCGCCGCCGAAAGCGACUUCCAGAAAGUUGCAACGCCCAAGGACCAGCCUUAUUCCCUCAAUAAACAAGUUCAAAUCUUCUAAACUUACUCCGCCGUCGAAACUUUCUGCUCCUGAAGAAGCUACCGAUACCCUCGAAGCGCCGACGACGGAUGUGGGUUUGACACAAUUGGAUGCAUCCGAGCAUGAGUUAGCCUAUGAGGCGGUUGAUGGGGAAGACGAAGAAAGUGAAGCCAAAUCAUCACCCUCCCCUACGACACCGGCGAUUGGCGUUGUAGAAGACGCAUCGCUCGAAGCUGAGGACGCCAUUGUCGUUGAUGCAAUUCCCCAAACGCUUUCUUCGCCUGAAUUAUCUGAGGAAAACCACGACUCAGUUGCCUCUCGCGACGAACAACCCACCGAAAAGAUGAAUGGAAAUAGGAGGGAUGAUGAAUUAGAGCAAAGUGAAGGGGAAGGUUUGCAACGCGGUCACGUGAGGUUUGCGUUGGACGACUCUUCCGACUGCGAGGUUUUACCCAAUGCUGUCACUGCCGAGGACCAUCCCGAGACUCUGGACACGUGUUCCGAUCCCAGCAGCAGUGACAUGGUAUCGGAGUCGUUUUCACCUAUGAACGACCCGGAGGUGGAUGGGCUGAGCGAGGCAGAUACUCCCAUGGAAAAUCUUGAUCAAGGUGCUGCUCCUCAAACGACGUCGGGUAACAGCAAUUCUGUGUCGACAAAAGCAAGGCCCCCACGACCCAUGAAGAAUAGUGUGGCGGCACGUGCUCGAGAAGCAGCAAUAGCUUCUCGAGCCCAUCCCGCAAAGCCUCAGCUUACGCAUGCGCGGUCUGUGUCAGCGUCUGCCUCCAGCAGCAAACCUACUUCAAGAAAUAACGCCCGUUCUGCUCGCGAUCAUCUUCGGAAUGCGUCGGAUUCAUCAACUCGCAAACAAGCAACGUCCAAACAAAAUCCCGUGCGAGCUCACGUGAAAACAACAAGUGAUCCCCGACCACGCAAAAUAGAGUCGAAGCCGGUUCCCCUCCCGCCUUUACCAUCCACGAUCGUGGUCGCGGCUGUCACGGCGCCUCUGGUUCCAUCGGAGGCAGGAGGGUCCCAGACGACAUCAAAUGAUUCAGCCAUUUCUUCGUUUCCCCUUUCAUUUCCCGAGGUGGACGGUACCUCUGGUGUGCAAACAACAACACCGAUACGGGAACGCGACGGAAGACGUGAUCCUCCACUUACACUGGAAGAGCUUUCUCCACGAAAACGUGUGCUGGAUGUCCCAAAUUUUCUGCAGGAGGAUCAUGACGAUGAAGAAAUGGAGAUGGACAGUCAGCCACCUGCUGGUGUUAUUCCUGAGGUCAAACUUACUGCUCGAUCAUCGUUGAAACGAACGCGUCCACCGUCUUCUCUAUCAACCACAACGACAGAUCUAGGGAAGGCACGAGGAGAGAAACGGAGUCGGGUUGUGCUUUCGAGACCCGCCAGGCUCGAUGGAACUGGAUCAUUGAGGGGAACACGACCACGAGCUGUCGCAUCUUCAUCAAAAGGGAAACGAGUUGUUUCUGCGCCAGUUCGCGCGUUGGCUUCUUCCACUGCUCCAAUUUCAGCGGCUGAAAGAGAACGACAACGCCAACGGACACGAUCGGUGCUUGCUUCCGCUGCCCAGCGUGAGCGAGAACAAGCGGAGGAGAAGAGGGCCUCCACCUCCAGCCAAUCACGCCCAAGGAUGGCAAGUAUUGGCUCCAAAAGUAUUACCCAUCACCCUCUUCCACAGGCGUCGACAUCAAAACCGUACACGAUCCCCGAUUUUGCGGCUAUACACGCGACGUUUGCCGCUCAAUCCGCUCUUCGUCGGUCACAAGCGCAGCCACAACAUACACAUGGCCAGGCGCCAAUGCUGAGCACGACGCUGAGGGCACAAGAACGAGCCGCAUUUGAUGCUGGUGUUCGCGCGCGAGAAGCGCAACGCGAGACUGAAAAGGAGAGUGAGAGGAUUGAGCGGGAGGAGAGGGAGCUGGAGGAGGAAAGGGAGGCGAGGAAACGGGCAGUAGUCAAGGCCCAUCAGGUGCCUGAAUGGUACAAGGAGAUGCCGAAGAAGGGAAAGGACAAAGAGGCGGAGAAAUACUAA